GUGGAAGGAUGCUCGCCGCGCUGAGCCGCCAGCCCUGCGAGCCAGCAGGCUUCAAGGCCCUCUCCCGAACCCCAGCCAUCAUCGCCUUGGUGGUCUUGAUUUUUAGUGUCGUGGUGCUUGUGACUAUCACGCUCAUCCAGUUUCACCAUAAAGAGGUCCUCCUUCCAGGACUGAAGUAUGGAGUCGUGCUGGAUGCCGGGUCUUCCAGGACCACCGUGUACGUCUAUCAGUGGCCAGCCGAGAAGGAGAACAAUACUGGAGUGGUCAGUCAAACCUUCAAGUGCAGUGUGAAAGGCUCCGGGAUCUCCAGCUACGGGAAAAACCCCCAAGAUGUCCCCAAAGCCUUCGAGGACUGCAUGCAGAAAGUCAAGGAGCAGAUUCCAGCCCACCUCCACAGAUCCACCCGCAUUUACCUGGGGGCCACGGCUGGGAUGCGCCUGCUCAGGUUACAAAAUGAAACAGCAGCUAAUGAAGUCCUUGCAAGCAUCCAAAACUACUUCAAGUCCCAGCCCUUUGAUUUUAGGGGUGCUCAAAUCAUUUCUGGGCAAGAGGAAGGGAUAUAUGGAUGGAUUACAGCCAACUAUUUAAUGGGAAAUUUCCUGGAGAGGAGCCUGUGGCACAUGUGGGUGCACCCGCACGGAGUGGAGACUGCGGGUGCCCUGGACCUAGGCGGCGCCUCCACGCAGAUCUCCUUCGCGGCCGGAGAGAAGGCGGGGCUGAACGGCAGCCAUGUCACAAAGGUGUCCCUCUACGGCUAUGUGUACACGCUCUACACACACAGCUUCCAGUGCUACGGCCGCAAUGAGGCCGAGAAGAGGUUUCUGGCCAUUCUUCUUCAGGAAUCUCCCACCAAAACCGCCCUCAUCAACCCCUGCUACCCUCGGAAUUAUGUCACCACCUUCCGCGGGGACCACAUAUUCGACAGCCUGUGCACAGCGGACCUGAGGCCUGUCAGCCAGGACCCUGAUGGCACCGUCACUGUCCGAGGCACCGGGGACCCAGCGCUGUGCAGGGAGAAGGUGGCUUCCCUGUUCGACUUCCGAGCUUGCCAUGCCCAAGAAGCCUGUUCCUUCGAUGGGGUGUACCAGCCCGAGGUUAAGGGGACGUUUGUGGCCUUUGCGGGAUUCUACUACACAGCCAGCGCUUUGAAUCUUUCCGGGAGCUUCCCCCUGAGCGCCUUCAACUCCAGCAGCUGGGAUUUCUGCUCCGAGAGCUGGAGCCAGCUCCCACUGCUGCUCCCCAGGUUUGACGAGGUGUACGCCCGCUCCUACUGCUUCUCAGCCCACUACAUCUACCACUUGCUGGUCAACGGGUACAGAUUCACUGAGGAGACCUGGCCCCGCAUACACUUUCAGAAGGAAGUGGGGAACAGCAGCAUAGCCUGGUCCUUGGGCUACAUGCUUAGCCUGACCAACCAGAUCCCAGCCGAACGUGCGCUGAUCCGCCUGCCCAUGGACCCGCCUGCCUUCACGGGCACCGUCGCCUUCUUCACGGCGGUGGCCUUGCUGUGCCUGGCGUUCCUCGUGUACCUGUGCACUUCGUCCAGGAAGCAGAGCCGCUCCCCGCCUGCGUUCGACCACACCGUGGAUUCUGAGUGAGCCUGAGGGCUGCCCGGAUCCGGCCUGGGCGGCCCCGACGACGCGGGACAAACGUCCGUCUUUGGGAAACGCAGCUGAAGUCAAACACCGAGGUCACGUGGCUCCCGGUAACUGACGUCGGCCAAAGCACCUCUUGGGGGUCCCUCCGCCGUUUGCUCCUCCGAAGACCCUGCCACGCACCUGUUGACCUACUGGGGGACAGAGGAAGACAGGCCAUGCGUCAGGCUUUUAUUCCAGGUGCCCUAGAGGGACGGUUUAAUGUUGGGGAAUUGAGCUCCGGGCUCAGUUUGCGUGUUUCCUUCCUCAGAAACGCCGCACUCCCCCUGGCAAGUCUGGAAGCCGGCAGGCGCCCGCGAAGCGUUUGACUCGGGCAGAUAAGUCGUCUCACGGCUUCUUCCCACUGGUUCUUAACUGAGACUUAGCAAUCCCGUAAGCACCGCGCUCCCCCGUCUAGGAGGACACGAGCAUCUGGCGAGAAGACGCCUUUUCCCCCGGACAGGCUGUCGUUCAGGCGGAACCCGAAGGUCAGAAACUCACAGUCUCCCAGGAAACUGGGAUUCGCACUCAGGGCUCUGGGCACUAGCUCGCAGCCUCGCACUCAGGGCUCUGGGCGCUAGCUCGCAGCUCGCACUCAGGGCUCUGGGCACUAGCUCGCAGCUCGCACUCAGGGCUCUGGGCACUAGCUCGCAGCCUGCGUGCAUAUCUUCAUCCUCACCCCCCUCACGUUGCCGUGUCUCCUACAAAACACUUCCUCCUAGUGACGCUGUCACGUUCCAGGUCUUUCUGCCUUCGCUAGGCUUCUGCGUGGGGCUGCUUUUUCCCUGGGACGUGGUGUGUGCGGCCUCAUACACAUUCCGGCAAGCACACCGGCCACAGUCCGAAGACGCCCUUGCUGACCCCCUGCCUGGAUGGUGGGUCUCUGCGGUGGUGCCAUGCCUCUUCAGUGUGGGGAGGGAAGCUGUGGCUGCAGGGACAUUUCAUCCCAACAGACGAUGAAGAAGAAUCAGCAGGGCCAAUAGCUACAAACUAAAAGACAGCACGAUUCCAGACUGCUGUUUUGGCUGCUAGCUGAAUGUGGAAUAAAGAACUCUCACCUGACUCGGCCGUGUGUGUGUUUGUGACCCUGCACACAGUACUUUUUCCUCCUAAGGGCCCAUGGUGGUAUUGAUGAGAGGAAGUUCUUGAAAUGAGGAAAAUUCUCUUAAGAAUAGACUUUCCUAGAGAACCAAGAAAACUAUACAUUAAUAUCACCUUCAUUCCAGAGACAUCAAAGCGCUUCACUUCGAUAAAGACCUUUGGCUCCUUGA